AUGACUGAGGCCAACGGACUACCUGAGCCCUCCGCAGAAGAGACGCAGGAGACCCCCGGAGAGGAGACCCCCGGAGAGGAGACCCCCGGAGAGGAGACCCCCGGAGAGGUGAAGCCCGGAGCGGAGGAGGGGAGCGGGGGGAGCCCAGAUGAAGCCGAGUUUGUGCACCCUGAAGGCGGAUGGGGCUGGGUGGUCAUGCUGGCGGCCAUGUGGUGCAAUGGGUCGGUGUUCGGGAUCCAGAACGCCUUCGGGAUCCUGUUCGUGUCCCUCCUGCGGGAGUUCGGAUCCGAGAACGAUGAAGACCUCCGCUUCAAGACAGCCUGGGUGGGCUCUCUGUCCAUGGGCAUGAUCUUCUUCUGCUCCCCGAUUGUGAGCGUGUUCACGGACCUGCUGGGCUGCAGGAUCACGGCGGUGGGCGGGGCUGCGGUCGGACUUGUGGGGCUCCUCGCCAGCUCCUUUGUCACGUCGCUGGGCCCCAUGUACUUCACUUACGGGAUCGUGUUUGCGUGCGGCUGCUCCUUCGCCUACCAGCCGAGCCUGGUGAUCCUGGGGCACUACUUUAAGAAGCGCCUGGGCCUGGUGAACGGCAUCGUGACGGCAGGAAGCAGCGUGUUCACCAUCACCUUGCCCUUCCUACUCUCGGGGCUGCUGGAGAAGAUGGGCCGCCAGAACACCAUGAGAAUCCUCUGCAUCCUCAUGUUCGUGCUCAUGCUGGCGGGCUUCACCUACAGACCCCUGAUGCCGACCAAAAAGAAGCAAGAUGGCCGCCGCUGUCCCCGGAUGAGCCAGCUCUUCAACGUCAACAUCUGGAAGUCCCUCGGUUAUCGCAUCUGGGCCUUUGGGAUUCCGGCCGCUCUCUACGGAUACUUUGUGCCGUAUGUUCACCUGAUGAAGCACGUGGAGGAGCGCUUUGGGAAAGAGGCCAACAAGGAGGUGCUGCUCAUGUGCAUUGGGAUCACGUCCGGAGUCGGUCGCCUCAUUUUUGGACGAGUCGCUGAUUAUGUUCCUGGCGUCAACAAGGUCUACCUCCAGGUGUCCUCGUUCCUGGUGAUCGGCUUCAUGUCCAUGAUGAUCCCGCUCUGUGACCUCUUCGGGGGCCUCAUCGGGGUGUGCCUCCUCAUGGGCCUCUUCGACGGCUGCUUCAUCUGCAUCAUGGCCCCCAUCGCCUUCGAGCUGGUGGGGGCGGACGACGUGUCCCAGGCCAUCGGCUUCUUACUGGGGCUGAUGUCUGUGCCCAUGACCGUGGGACCCCCCAUAGCAGGCUUCCUGAGGGACCGCCUGGGCAGCUACGACCUGGCCUUCUACCUGGCUGGCAUCCCUCCGAUGGUGGGGGGCGCGGUGCUGUGUCUGAUCCCGUGGGUGGAGGCGCGACGCAAACGACAGGAAGCACAAGAACGAGAGAAGGACGUCACCGAGAAGAUGUUGGACUCAGAAAAGGCCGAGCCCAGAGCGGGAGAGUCUGUUCUGUAG